AUGCCAGCCGCCGAUGAUUCACCCUCUAAGGGGAAGGACACAAAUGGUGUGGAAGAGUAUACCAUCGAGUACUACAAAGCCCAAUAUGAGUCGAUUCAGGAGGAGCUGCACGAUUUCCAGCUCUCCAGCACCGAGCUGGAGGCGGAGAUGGAAAAGGAGAUGGAGGACAAGGAGAAGCGCGAGCGACAGCUCAGGGAGAAAGUUGACAACCUGCGCUACGAGGUAGAGGAGUGGAAGGUGAGUGAUCUACAAGUUUUCGUCAUCUGGUAUGGCGCGGGGGCUGAUACUGGUGGCCUGCAGACCAAAUACAAGCAGUCAAAGACCGAGGCGAACAAUGCGCAAAACACCCUGCAGAAGGAGAUUACCUCUCUGCGCGAUGCCAAUCGCACUUUGCAGUUGAAGCUGCGUGAUAUUGAAGUUGCCAACGACGAUUACGAGCGACAAGCCCGAAACACCACUUCGUCCCUGGAGGACUUGGAGUCUAAAUACAAUGUCGCCAUCGAGCGCGGGGUGCUACUGGAAGAGGAGAUCAGGACUGGGGAACAAGAGCGUGAAAGCUUGCGGAUUGACAAUCAGCGUUUGAGAGACGAACUUUCUGACCUCAAGGUUGAAGCCGAGAUCAACCAGGAGAAGCUGCGCCACACCGAGGGUCAUGGGUUCCGUCGUCGCAAGCCGACACCGUUGUACCGCAGCCCGUCGACACCCCAGCCACUAGAGAUUUUCGAUCGGUCUCCUGGCGUAGGCAAAUCGUCUCCCGUAUUUGCGACCCCUCCAGCCAAGUCGACCUUGGCCUCUUCAACCGCAACUCCGCCCUCGCCGCCCAUCUCAGAGGCCUCUACCAACUUCCGCAAGUCCAUCAACGCAACCCCCACAUUCCCUCGAACCAGAGCGACUGGCGCAGAACCAGUCAACUCACGGACCCUGCACAAUACCAGAACCCAGCCGGCUCGGCCUGCUGCCCACUCGCGCACUUCAUCUCUUGCGUACAGUAACAGUGGCUACAGUAAUGGUGGUCGCACUACCCCGUCCAUGUCUUACUCUUCCCGCAACAGCCUGUCCAGGUCGACCACCUCCCGGCCCUCCGGUCUUCCCAAAUCUGGCUCGCUGUUCCAGAUUCGUGGACUUAUUGGCAAGAUGCAGAAACUGGAAGAGCGUGUCCAGUCUGCCCGGUCACGUCUUCCAGCACCCUCAGAGACAUCCUCUCGGGGAUCUCCACGCUCCCGCCAAGGUUCAGUGAUCGGAGACAGCCCAGUGCCAUCCACGAUCACCGUUCGGAGAACCUCUCGCAAGCGAAUGAGUGGCAGUAGCUUUGGCUCAUCCGUUCGAGAUAGCGAAAGUACUCCUUCAUAUAUUCCUCAGGGUCGCCAGUCCAUCGGGGCUCGUACUGGUGAUAGUCGACCGAGCAGCCGAACGAGCUACUCCAGUCGGAGCUCGUUCAGCCAAAGUGUACAUUCCGGAGUGCCGAUUGGUCGCCCUGAAAGUCGGCAGAGCCGCCCCGGCGCCAAGACGCCUCUCGGCCACUAUUCAACCAACCCCACGACGGAGAGCCGCCGACCCAGGUCAUCUCUGAGUAACCACAACGGACAAACACCGUCUGUUGCAAGCAUGUCCAACAUCGAUGAAGACCAUGAUGUCUCUACCCCGACCGUGUCCCGUAUUCCCAAGGACGUGCGGCGACCCUCCGUCUCCGCCACACCUGGAAUUAAGAAACGUACCACCAGUGGCAUGUCGGCUAUCCCGACGCCCCGCAGCUUCAAGACAAGUAUCGGGUCGGGGACUAUGCCCGCACCGCUGGAACGGAAGCAAAGUGACAUUGGAGAGACCUAUUAA